GCAGCGCGGCCCCGCCAUGAGCCGGAGGUAGCGGCGGCGCCUUCCGCAGCCGCCGCCGCCCGCCCGCCCUCGCCGCCGCGGCGGCGGCCGGGCCCGCGAUGCCGAACCAGAAGGGCGGCAAGGGCAAGAAGAACAAGCGCGCCAACAGCAGCGGCGACGAGCAGGAGAACGGGGCGGCGGCAGGCGGCGGCGCCGCGGCGGCGGGAGGCGGCGGGGCCGCGGCGGGCGGCGGGGCCGGAGCGGCGGCGGCGGGCGGAGGCGCGGGUGGCGGAGCGGGCGGCGCGGCGGCCGCGGGCGGCGCGGCGCCCGGCGACGUCAAAAGCGAAGCCCCUUGUGCUACUCCAUUGAUCUGUAGCUUUGGAAGGCCAGUGGACCUUGAGAAGGAUGACUACCAGAAGGUUAUAUGCAACAACGAGCACUGCCCUUAUAGCACCUGGAUGCACCUUCAGUGCUUCUACGAGUGGGAAAGCAGCAUUCUUGUCCAGUUCAAUUGCAUCGGCAGAGCGAGGAGCUGGAAUGAGAAGCAGUGUCGCCAGAACAUGUGGACAAAGAAGGGAUACGACCUCGCUUUUCGCUUCUGCUCCUGUCGGUGCGGGCAGGGUCAUUUAAAGAAGGACACUGACUGGUACCAGGUGAAACGAAUGCAGGAUGACAAGAAGAAGAAAUCGGUGUUGGAGAAGAGCACAGGGAGGUCUAUGGUGGAAUCAGCCGAAGAGGCCAAAAAGGGCAGGCCAGCCAACAAGCCACAGAAGGGCUUAAGUCAUGACAUCCAGCGAAGGCAUUCAAUGGACAGGCAGAACUCCCAAGAGAAGAGUGUUAUUGGUGGCAGCUAUGCCGUUCGCUCCCCCUGUGUCUCUCCUGGGCAGUCCCCACCAACCGGCUACUCGAUCCUUGCCCCCACCCACUUCAGCGGCCCCCGCUCCUCACGAUACUUAGGAGAGUUUCUGAAGAAUGCCAUCCACCUGGAGCCACACAAGAAGAACAUGGCUGGAGGGGGAAUGUUCAGGAAUGCGCACUUUGAUUAUGGGGCAGCUGGUUUGCAAGCACAUCGGUCGGGACACUUCGAUGCCCCCGUGCAGUUUUUGAGAAGGCUUGACCUAUCUGAGCUUCUCACUCACAUACCUAGGCAUAAAUUGAAUACUUUUCAUGUGCGAAUGGAAGACGAUGCCCAGGUGGGCCAAGGGGAGGACCUGCGGAAGUUUAUUCUUGCUGCUCUUAGUGCCAGCCACAGGAAUGUUGUGAACUGUGCACUGUGCCACAGGGCAUUGCCAGUGUUUGAACAGUUUCCGCUGGUGGAUGGAACCCUAUUUCUUAGCCCAUCGAGACACGAUGAAAUUGAAUAUGAUGUUCCCUGUCACCUUCAAGGAAGGCUUAUGCAUCUCUAUGCUGUUUGUGUAGACUGCUUAGAAGGGGUUCACAAAAUUAUCUGCAUUAAAUGCAAGUCCCGAUGGGAUGGAAGCUGGCAUCAACUGGGAACUAUGUAUACCUACGAUAUUCUGGCAGCAUCUCCCUGUUGUCAGGCUCGACUGAACUGUAAGCACUGUGGGAAGCCAGUAAUAGAUGUACGGAUUGGCAUGCAGUAUUUCUCCGAAUACAGCAACGUCCAGCAGUGUCCUCACUGUGGAAAUCUAGACUACCACUUCGUGAAGCCAUUUUCUUCAUUUAAAGUUUUGGAGGCUUAUUGACGAAAGCUUUGCUUUAGUAAUAGCUAUUUUAUGGGUAUUUCAACUUUAUUACAUAUCUUUUUAUAGAAUUCAUUCUGUGAUGAAAUUACUUUCUUUUCUAACUGAAAGAGCAGCUUCUUUGUCUGUGUACAUAUGAAUAUGUAUAUAUACAUGUUGUUAAAUCAGAAUCCUCCUGAUGAGAUCUCUGUCAAGGUUGGAGGCAAGCCAAUUUUAAUGGCCUUUGAAUAUAUCCCAGGUGUGGGGAUAAAAUGUUCAGCUAUAAUUAUUUGGUUGUAUUUUUUGUAUUAUUGUAAUACAGUUGAGAGAAGGGUGUGGGGAGACCUACAGGAUGCAGAAAUAUGUCCAGGUGGAAGGUGGGUAAUUGUGUAGGGUUGUUGUGCCUCUAGCAUGGUGGAAAUGGGAAAUCCUUGGAAAGAAGUUGUCCCAUUAGUGUUAAAUUCAUCAAAUCUCUUGCAUCCCAAUGGGGGCAGGAGCAUACGUAUCCCAGACUUGUGGUUGUUUUUGUGGGCUUUUGUUCAGGUUUCCCAGGAUGGGGGAAAACUAAAAUAUUGUGACAAGUGAAUGUAAAUCUAUGCCAAAAAAGCUAAUCUUGAAUUAUUUUUUGGCAUAGUGUCUUCCUGCCAUGUAUGUUUGAUGUGUGUUCCCCACACUGACUGAUCGUAUGGCAAUAGGGCUGCUUCCACCAGUGUUGUAAUGUUACCAGUUGGGUCAUUUGUUUGUACCAAAACAAGCUGAAUAUCUUAAAAUGCUUUAUUUAAAGAUAUUUCUUCACAGAUAUUUUAGGACCUCAUAAUAAGUGGAAGGAACAGGCUGAACUGGAUGGGGUUGUUUGUAUGUGUCUGCUGGGGCUGGGGCUUUGCUUCCUACUGCUGACUGGUGUGACUGAUUCGGAAAGAGGACCACGAAGUGGGAUCUGGGCUGUCAGACCUGUAAGAGCUGAGAGGCACCUAAUAUGACGCAUGGCAUUUGUUUUCAAGUCAAUGAAUUGCUGCACCUUUGUCUUUCAAAAGUUAAGUAAGACCAGGGUCUAAAAACUUGGAGACUUUUUAGAAAGCAGACUUAGUGUAUUUACUUUCUACAUGCCUCUGUGCUGUAUAUAGUAGUCUCUGCAUUAGGCAGUAAAUUUGUGUUAUAGGGGUUGGCCCUGUAGAAUCUGCAAAUUUUGUUUUUCACUCCCCACUUUUUCCUUCUAUAAAUAAAAGUUUUUAAAUAGGCUUAAUAAAAGUUUUAAUAGGUCACUGAUAUUUUACGUGGCUACUCAAGCCAGCAGUGAUGCUUGCAAGGGCUUUCUUUGUUCACAGUGUAUUUAUGGAAUGGUCGGUCACUCAAGAGGUGUGGGUUUUGAUUCUCUUUGUGAGAUGGGAUUAUGUUUUGUUUCUUCUGAGGUUUAUCAGUUUUCCCCAAAUUACUGUCUUAUUGUAUCUGUAGAAAUCACGAUCUUGAAAAUGACCCUGAUACUCUGCACAUCCUGGGAAAGAAAACAAAAAAGUCAGAAGCCAAAAAAGCAUUGCAUGCGCUGGGCAGAGAACUAUGCUUUCUGCUAAAUUAAGAAAAUAAUGUGCACAUAAAACUUGAACUGAAUAUCCGUGUUUCUUUGUGCAUAAAAAAUGCAAAAUUCACAGUUUUAUUCCUGGCUGUCUUCAUUGCAGAAUUAGCUUCCUUUUAGUAUUAGACGCUUCAGAUAGUACUCAAGCUGCACAGAGGGCUUAUGUUGGCAAAGAUCACUUACUCCUAACUUGAGUGGUAAUAUUCUUAGAAGCAAGCCAACUCAAGCUGAUGAUUUUCACAUCUGGAUAGGGCUGGGCUGUCUCUGGCUGGUGAGCCAGAACAGCAAUGUUAGCAGGCUGUGCUGUCUUACAUCACUGGCACUCCCUUCGCCCUGUCCUCACUUCUUGUCCAUGUGUUUGUAUCUGGAGCACAUCCUUGGGGUUUUGUGCAGUUGUUUCCUCAGAGUGUGUUUUAAAAGUUUUGGGAAAUCCUAUUUCCUUUUUAAGACAAACUGUGGGAAAAAUUUUGAGAGACUUAGCACCGUUCUGGUGUGGUUACCACAAAUCCAAGUUACAGCUACUCCAUUUGCAGUGGUACCAGCACUGUAAUUGUUGCCUACAGGAACAGGAUCUGGCCCAGCCAUACCUGGGCUGGAAGAAGGUGGCUAGCAGAUAAAACAUUAUUAGCUCUGCAUUACAGGCUUCCCUUGUAGGGAACAAACAAGUUACAGUUUGAAUUAACAACUUGGGCCCUUCAGCUUCAAUGGUGUGUUCCCAAAACCUGGUGGACAUAGGGUGGUUUGGAGUCACCUUAUCUGGCAGUACUGUGAGAACCAGAUUAAAAGCACAAGUACUGGGUGAUUCCAGCAGUCUAAAAUCACACAGCAAAGACAACUCCUGUAAUGAGAAAAAUUAAAAUAUAUAUGUGUGUUUUGUUUGAUCUUGAGUGCUAGUCAUUCAAGCCUUGAGCCUAGGGUAUUAAUCCCCACAUGCACUACAUGGAUAAUAAAAUAGUAGCAUUCUGUAUCCAUUUUUUUCAAACAUUUGGUGAGGAGAGGUGUCACUGUGCGAUGCACGUGGUAGGGCAGAAGUGGGAUCUGGAGAUCUUCUAAAUACUUGUUCAUUUACUUUCCUUAGAGUAGCUUAAUUUAUGAUUUUAUUCUUUAGGUACUUAGAUGCCUCUCCAGAUACAUAUGUACGACAAUCGAUAUAAGAGUAGAAAUGGAAAAAAGGGAAUUUGGCUACUUUUUAAAAACACAAGCAUAUGAAAGGUUGUACAGUAUAUUCAAGUCAAAACCAAGAAUGCCGCAGACUGAGAAAGUGGGAAUGGAAAUGCCUAUUUAAAUUAUUAACAGUGAGAAGUUAUGUACAAAUCUAUCAAAGAAAACAAUUUACUUCUCCUUCAUCUUUCCCUUUUAAUUCUGCUAUUAAGUGAGUCUUUGCUGCCGCUAGUGGAAAUGCCUGUUUUCUUGCAAAGUGUCUCUCUCAACUGGAGUUUAGCAGCAGAUGUAGAACGGCAAAAAUGAUCCUCAGUGGAAACUAGCUGAACAACAGAAAGAUUCUCUGAACUUUUCCUCCAAAGUAAAUUGUCCCAGUUUGUAGAGAAUGCUGUCUCUGCUUCUUGCUAAUACAGAAAUCUGUUCAUGGGUUACUGCAAAAUGUCAGUAAGAUUUUGUUAGAUGCAUCAGAUUCCAAUCAAGCAGUUAGACCUACCCUUUUGGCUGGGCGUUGAAUAAGCACGAGGGCAAAGCUAACUUCGAGACUUAACAGAUACUUAAGAGGUUGAAGUGCACAGCACUUGGUUUGCUAUCUAUCAUGAUGACCAUUGGAAAGAGUCAAUGGGAUUUUGUAUGUGUCAAAAGGGAAAUGAUUUGUCUAGGCAAGGAGCUGCUUGCUUUGCUUGUUUGGCUGAAGUUUACUCUUCACUACCUUUCAUUUUUCUGAUGCUGUGUGUUCUUUUUAGUCUGGCCUGUGGUCAGAUUAAACUGUGCCUGAAGUAUGUUUUGUAAAUGAGAAUACAGUCCUCUGGAUUUGGAGGUACAUUCUACUCUUCCGAAAUGCACGAUACUCCUUGUGAUAGUAAUAGGAGUUGCAUGUGCAAAUGCUUUUCUUUCCAGUAGUUAACAAUGUUUUCCAUAGGAGAGGCUUGCAUUUAGCUAGACUUAAUAUUUUGGAUGUGUAAAUGAAUUCAUCCAUCAGUAGUACAUUUUAAAGUAAAUUUUGAUAACCAUAACUAACAAAAUGGGCGUCUUUUACAUGCUGACAUGUAAUUUGACAUCUACCAAGGUGAACAGGCUGAAAUUCUUGUUCUAAUGCUGCAGAGUCAUGACAACUACAAUGUCCUGUAGCCCAUAGACUAUUCGACAGUCUAUUUGCAUUAAUGUGUCCAGUAGUGAGCAGUGUAUUCAUAAUGAAUUUAGUUGGGAAAAUGAGGUAUAUUCCUACAAGGGAGGCAUCUAACACAGUUUUGUUUUGUUUUCAUGUACUCUUCAUUUUGCUGUACCAGGUAACUGAGGACAAACAUGUUGUUGUAAGGCCACUGGUGAGAAAACCCCUCAAAAAUACACUUGUCCGUUAAGGUUUCUUGUUGAGACAUUCUUGGAUUGCACUUCUGCAGAUGGAAGAAUAUGUACAUAGCAAAUGAAUGUUGAUGAAAUUAAAAUAAUUGGUUAUGAUAUCAUUUGCGUGUGUUGUUAGAGAAUAUUUUGUUGUGACUUCUCUGUAUUAAAAAAGUAAUAAAUACCAGACAGCUAA